GGGCGCCAAGCUGCAGGCUCAGCUCCAUUGUUAGGCAGGUUUGAACGCUUCAGUGUGAUGCGGUCUGAGCACUACUGCUGGGUGCUGUGAGGGGAGCUCAGGCAAGUUCGGAAAAGGAGACCUGCUCCGUGGCUUAGCAGGCUAGACUGGCUCCGAGUGACGUCAUCUGAACGCUGCUGCUGGGUGAUGUGAGAGGAAUCCAGGCAAGCUCCGAAGCGGCAAAAUGGAUUCAGUGACCUAUGACGAUGUGCAUGUGACCUUCACUCAGGAAGAGUGGGCUUUGCUGGAUCCUUUCCAGAAGAGUCUCUACAUAGAUGUGAUGCUGGAGACCUGUAGGAACCUCAUUGCUGUAGGCUACAACUGGGAGGACCAUAAUAUUGAAGAAAAUUCUCAAAGUUCUAGAAGAUAUGGAAGGCAUGAAAGAAGCCAUGCUGGAGAGAAACCCAAUGAAGCUAUUCAAUAUGAUGAAUCCUUUACAUCUCACAGUAGUCUCCAAAUAGAGAAAAGAGCACAUACUGGAGAGAAACCUUAUGAAUGUAACCAAGGUGGUAAAGACUUUGCAUGUUCUAGUAAUCUCCUGAUUGAUAAAAAUGCAAAUAUUGGAGAGAAACUCUAUGAAGAUAAUCAAUGUGGUAAAGCCUCUGCAGAUCCUGGUCACCUUAGAAGACAUAAAAAAACAAAUACUGGAGAGAAACCGUAUGAAUGUAGUCAAUGUGAAAAAGCAUUUGCAUGUCACAGUAGUCUUUACAUACAUAAAAGAACACAUACUGGAGAGAAACCCUAUGAAUGUAAUCAGUGUGGUAAAGCCUUUGCAGAACAUGGUCAUCUUAGAAGACAUAAAAGGAUACAUACUGGAGAGAAACCGUAUGAAUGUAGUCAAUGUAAUAAAGCAUUUGCAUGUCACAGUAGUCUCCGAAUACAUGAAAGAAUACAUACUGGAGAGAAACCCUAUGAAUGUAAUCAGUGUGGUAAAGCCUUUGCAGAUCAUGGUCAUCUUAGAAGACAUAAAAGAACACAUACUGGAGAGAAACCAUAUGAAUGUAGUCUGUGUGAUAAAGCCUUUUCACAACACGUUUCUCUAAAAAUGCAUAAAAGAAUACAUACUGGAGAGAAACCCUAUGAAUGUAAGCGAUGUGGUAAAACCUUUGCACGUCACAGUAGCCUCCAAAGACAUGAAAGAACACAUACUGGAAAGAAACCCUACAAAUGUAAGCAAUGUGAUAAAGCCUUUUCAGAACACAGUCAUCUCAGAAUACAUGAAAGAACACAUACUGGAGAAAAACCCUACAAAUGUAAUCAGUGUGGCAAAGCAUUUGCACGUCACAGUCAUCUUCAAAAUCAUGAAAGAAUUCAUACUGGAGAGAAACCUUACAAAUGUAAUCAGUGUGGUAAAGCAUUUUCACAACAUGGUCAUCUCGGAGUACAUAAAAAAACACAUACUGGAAAGAAGCCUUAUGAGUGUAACCAAUAUGAUAAAGCCUUUGCAUGUGAUGGUCAUCUGCCAAGUCAUGAAAUAAUUCAUACUGGAGAGAAAUCCUACAAAUGUAAUCAAUGUGAUAAAGUUUUUUCAAAUGAAUACAUAAGAGAACACAUACGGGAGAGAAACCCCUGUGAAUAACCAAUGUUAUUACCUUUGCGUGUAGCAGUAGUGUUAGAAAUCAUGAGAAAAGUUAUACUUCAGAGAAACCUCAUAAUUUAGUUGGUGUGGUAAGGUUUUGUACUUCAUGGUAUCUUUACACAGGAGUAAAACUUUUAGUGUGUAAUCAAUCUGUUAAAGCCUUUGCAUAUCACAGUAGUCUGAGGACCUGAAAUAACUCAUACUGAAGGAAAUCUAUGACUAUAAAGGAUUUGGUAAGAUCGUUAGCAAAUACACUUUCAGUCACACAAGAAUAUUCUGGGGCAAACAUCUGCCAAGUGUCAACAGUAUAAUCAUGCAUUAUGAUAUCACUCUUUAUUUUGUUUGCACUUGCAAACUCCUAUGGACAGAAGCCCUAGAAAUUAUAAGAUAAUCCUUUUAGAUGUCACUAUUUUCUUCAGUUACAUGAAAUACCUAAUCCAGGUAUAUAAAACUUUAUUAGUAUGUAUUAGUGCCUUUUCUGUUGCUGUGAUAAAACAAUGUUUAGGGGAACUUAUGAAAGAAUUUAAUUUGGCUUAUGGUUCCAGAGGAAUAUGGGAUCAAUGUGAAAGUGGCCGAACAACAAGUGUCACACAAGGCAGCUAAAGCAGGAAGCUCAGACAUCCUCAACCUGAAGCAUGAAGCAGAGAGUGGGAGUUAGAAAUGGUGUGUGGAUGUAAACUCUCAAGCCCAUCCUAAGUGACAUUUUCUCCUGCAUGGCAGCAUUUCCUAAAUCUUUCCAAAUGAUACCACCAACUGAGAGAAGGAUUGACUUCUCUGAUUUUAAGCCUACAUGCUUGCUUUCUGAAUUGAACCAAUUCAUGAUGAAGAAAAAUGCUGUAGGUAAGAAAAAAAUACUGUAGGUGACUCAACACCUGAAUUUUCAGGAAUGAAUGCUUACACAAAGAAAACAUUCAUGAGUACAAAUUUGUUUAACAAUUUGUUUCAAUUUUGAUUAUGUGAUCUCACUGUUUCUUUGUGUGUGUAUGUACAUGUAUGUGCUGGUUCCCAAGAAGAUUAGACCCUUGGAUCUUCUUGUAGCAGGAUUUCAGGAAGUUGUCAAAAAACUGACCUUCCUGGGAAUGAUCUUGUCUUAACUGCUCAGCCAUGUUUCUAACCCUGUAAAUAUUUUGAAGCCUUUAUAUAACAUCUUGAUGUCAGGAAGUAGGAAAGAACUCAUACAUGAGAAAAGUCCUAGUCAUGUAAAUGAUUUGAUACAGACUUUAGACAUCUUAGUUGUCUUCAGUUUCAGGAAAAGUCUUGUUUCAUCCCGUUUUCAUCAUAGCCUUAAAGGAAGUAAAUUAUUUACCAUAUGCACUUAAGUGUAAUGGUGGAGACCAACAAUUGUGGUUAUGGUUUGUAUUUUGAAACAUCUUGAGUAGGUACUGAAGUUUGCUGUAUGUGUGGCAAAUCCAUUUACAGAAGUUUAUUAGGCUGUCCUGAUAUUCCUUCUGUGGCUUCUGUUCAUCUUCUAUUGCACUUUCACUUGUUGAUAGGCAUUUUUAUGCUGCAAUGUAUAGAAUGGGAUCCCUGUCACCUAAGUGGUCCGUUGUUUAUUCAUAUAUCGGGCAGUGUGUGGCCACACUUUUCAAGUAAGGGUGUCUGUGAAUGGGGAGUGGGUAGUUAAUUUUUUUUUUUUUUUAGAUUUUCACAAAAUCCCAUGAAGUGUUGUUCUUUGUUAUCCAGCCUUGAUUGGGUAUCAGUAAUUAGUCUAGGCUACAUUUGACCUUUUGACUUCACAUGUCAGCCACCUGAGUACAAGUCUAGUUGUAGAAGCUGUACCCCCAAUGUGUCCUGUUUUGUCAACACAUUUUAACAAUGUUAAUGUUAAAAUUCUUGAUAGAAGAUAAUAUAAGAAAUAAUAAAUACCUCAUAUGUGUAUCCAAAGCAGCAUUUUCAUCUCUCUUGUAGAGAUGCAAUGAAGUAGGAUAAUCAGCAGGUAUCUGCAUAUCUCACAACACAGCUUGAGUGGUAUGGAUAUGUAUAUAUUAUUUGAUGUUCCAUGCUUCUUGUUCCCAUUAGUUUCCAUUUAGCACUUCAUCUUGAACUGCAACAGCAAUGGAAUUUAUUUAAAAAGAAACAUUUCUGGUGUGUGUGAUGUUAUUAUGGCCUUUUAGGCCAUGACAGUAAGUGGAGAUUGGAAGACAACUUUGUGGGGUCUACUCUACCCAUAUUUAUAUGAUGAUCAAGGUUGGGUUGCCAUAUUUGCACACCACAGACAUUUCCCACUUUGCUCUCUCAGUGAUACUCAAAUAAGAUUAGUUGAAACAUUAGAUCAGUAAAAUAUUGUCUUCUUUUUAGAUUGUAAACAUUGUCAUCUAAGGAUGGAGAAAACAGGACAAUUUGAAUAAUAAAUAUUUUCUACAAAUGAAAA